AUCCCAGGACUUGUGUCGUAUAAAACUUUUCUACAUAAAUAGUCCUUGUAUUUAUGUUAGAUCUCAGUUCAGUUUUGCAGUGAACUGACACCUGCCUUAUUAAAUGGAUGGCGUCAUUAUAUGUGUUUAGUAAUACUUUAUUUUCUCUUCUGAGAUAUUAACAAACGCUGAUUCCAAGACGCAUAUAAUAACCAGAAGAUUUUUUUAUGACAAUAUAAAGCAGAUUUUGUUGUGGGCAGUAUUUAUUUUCGGAUCGAAUACUUGUCUUAUUUGCUUAAAUUAUUUGGAUUUUGUAAAUAACAAAUUGCAGGUUGCUACAUUUGGUUCGCAACAGGCAGAAGCAGUAACGGUGCCUUAAUUUAUAAUAUUGCCCAGCUGCAGUAGUUAUCAUUCUGAUCAUCACACAACAGGGACCCGGCAGCGUUUCUCCAGUCUCACAUGCCGCUGGCGGUCCGUACUUUGAAAAUAAAUCCUUCUGUGUCGGUCCGGGAUAUUACACUGCUUUUCGCUUCUUAUAAUUAUCUGGAUAUUCCAUAAAGCCUAAAGAUGUAUGCUGGACGUAAAAGAAGAAAACCGGUAUCGAAAACAGUAAAACCUCAACCAGCCGAAGGGACCAAGUCAAACCCAUCAAAGCGCCACCGGGAUCGGCUCAACUCCGAACUGGAGCGCCUGGCCGGCCUCCUGCCUUUCCCGGAGGAAGUGACAUCCAGCCUGGAUAAGCUGUCAAUCUUACGGCUGAGCGUCAGCUACCUGCGAGCCAAGAGCUUCUUCAGCGUGACCCUGAAGAACCACACACCCAAUGGAGUGAAGGACAACGUCAGUAAACGCAACAUCGAGAAGCCCACGGGAUUGGCCGACAGCCGGAUGCCUGAGGGGGAGCUCUUGCUGCAGGCCCUGAAUGGCUUUGUGCUGGUUGUCACGUCAGAGGGGAUCAUAUUCUACACCUCUCACACCAUCCAGGAUUACCUGGGAUUCCAUCAGACGGACAUCAUGCACCAGAGUGUGUUUGGGCUCAUCCACACUGAGGAUCAGCCGGAGUUCAGGAGAAACCUGCACUGGGCUUUGAAUCCUCCGUCAGUGGCCCAGCAGGACCAGUCGGAUGAAGACCCAGUCACCUGUUCCCCCAUCUGCACCUACACCCCGGACCAGCUACCCCCGGAAAACUCCUCCUUCCUAGAGAGAAGCUUUGUGUGUCGCUUCCGCUGUCUUCUCGACAACUCCUCUGGCUUCCUGGCCCUGAAUCUGCAGGGUAGGCUGAAGUUCCUCCUUGGGCAGAACCAGGCAUCAGAAGGCACAUACCACGUGCCCCCUCAGCUGGCCCUAUUCGCCAUAGCAACGCCCCUGCAGCCACUCUCCAUUCUGGAGAUCAGAACCAAGAACAUGAUCUUCAGAACCAAGCACAAGUUGGAUUUCACCCCCAUGGCCUGUGAUGCCAAGGGCAAGGUUGUCCUGGGCUACACUGAGGCAGAGCUCCGGGUUCGAGGUUCAGGAUAUCAGUUCAUCCAUGCGGCUGACAUGCUGCACUGCGCCGAGAAUCACGUCCGAAUGAUCAAGACGGGCGAGAGCGGGCUGACCGUGUUCCGACUGCUCACCAAGGACAACCGCUGGAAGUGGGUUCAGGCCAACGCGAGGUUGGUGUACAAGAAUGGCAAACCUGACUACAUCAUCGCCACCCAGAGGCCUCUUGUGGAGGAGGAAGGCGGGGAGCAUCUGCGGAAGCGCUCCAUGCAUCUGCCCUUCACCUUCACCACGGGCGAGGCCUUGCUGUAUGAGACCAGCUGCCCUAUCCCGGGAUUCACCCAUGCCUUCCCGGGCAGGAGCCGCAGUGACAAGGCCAACAAGGGCCGACUGGAUGGGAGUUCCCAAGAGAGCUUGGAUCCCAGCUCCCUCCUGGGAGCUAUGAUGAGACAGGACGAGUCUGUCUACGUGUGCCAGCCUGCCUCACAGCCCAAGCUGACCUUCCACAACAGCCUUCUCAAUGAGCUGGGUUUUGGGGCCGCGGGACCUUCUGAUGCUGAAGCCAGCAGCACCUGGAGGGCCUCACCUAAUGACACCACGCGGCCUGGGCUUGAACCAUCAAAUGUCGAACCGCUCUUGUCCACACUGGACUCCCUGACUCUGGAGGGCACCGACGAUUGCUCCAACGCCGAGCUGUUCAGCGCUUUGGAGAACCUGGGCCUGAAUGCUGAGGAGCUCGAGCUUCUGCUAUUAGAUGAGCGGAUGAUCCAUGUGGACAUGGAACCAGAGUAUAUCCCACCUCUCAAUGACCUGCUGACCAAUGAUGAGAUCCUCUCUUACGUCCAUAACUCCCUGGAGGGCAAGAUAGGAGAGGGAGGUCCCAGUAAGGAUGACCAGGUAGCCAUCUCCCAGGGAAUACCCAUCCUUGGGCACACUCCAGCAGAUGGUCCCACCCCUUCUCACCAGACUGUGGGGUAUCCGUCCAACAGACCACAGGAGCAGGCACCGAUUAUUCAUAUUUCACAGCAGAUGCAGCAGCACCUAAACACUCAGUCGGUCCUGAGAAGUGUGGAUACGCGGCGCAUGCAGUUUGGGCCGCUGGUAUCAGCCUUACCCGCCCAGCACAUUAUCACCAAGCCUUUUCCUGCUGAGAAGAAGCCUGUGUGCUGGGAGCAAUUGCUCAUCGAUGGCAGCUGGGCCACCCAGCAGUACCAAAUGGGAGGGAAUGACCAUCCGCGGGGGAAAUUGAUCCACACUGAGGCCCUGCAAACACACUCAAGCCAGCCGCAUAAACACCACUCGCUCCAAUGGCCUCAGAGCCAAAUCCCUACCCAGCUCCACUCUCAGUUCCAGUGCAAACAGAGUUUUGACAGUGGGGGAGCAUCCAUGAAUGGGAUCUGCAAUGUUUUCGGGCAGCAGACUGCAGAUCAGGGCCCCUGGCCAACUUACAGCUACAGCGGCCCAGGUUCUCUCCACAGCCAGAUAGAACUAAGGUCAACUGACCUGUAUUAUCACAACAGGCAGGUGGCACCUUGCCUGGCCUCUCACUCCAGCACACCUGGGCUUUCCAGCGUGGAUUGCAACAUGACGCCCGACCCGUCACUGAACCAGCAGUACCAUGGAGAGAUGGACACAGCCGAGUCUGCCACGUGUUCAACCACAGGUCAAGUCGGGCUCACGUCCACCGGCUUCUCGCAGUACACGGCCCAGAAAUCCUCGCCGGUUGUGGCCCGAGCCGAGACGUUUCCCUCUCUGGAGUCACACAGCUUUUUCAUCAGCGCCGGUUCACCAGAGGCAAGUGAGAUAGAAAAAGGAGGUCUGCCCAGCAGCACCAGGCUGGCAUAUGCAGCGGACAGCCUCUUGCCCGACACAGAAGCUACAGGACCCACUGCCUUUUCCCAGCCCUGCCCUGAAGUCCUGCCCAGCAGUACCAGGCUGGCAUAUGCAGCAGACAGCCUCUUGCCCGACACAGCAGCUGCAGGACCCACUGACAUCUCCCAGCCCUGCCCCGAAGUCCUUCACAGUCCUCCAGACAUGCUUCCCACCGGCUUUUACGUCUGAGGCAGUAUCUGGUUAAUCUCUACUGACAAGGAUUAUGGUCCCCGGAUUAUUCGGAGGCUCAGUCUUUCAAAUAAUGGGAAAGUCUGAAAGGGAGAAGCAAACAAACAAAGUCUGCAUUGUGUACAUGGCUGGUCUUUUGUUUCUUUGGUGUGCUAUGAAAUCUUCUAUGAAUUCCCGUGUAGCAUAGUGAGCCCAGCGCAAGCGUGGGGCCCAGCGAGUAAACACUAGUGAAAAUGAGCUCUCUUUUCUACUGUGAUUGGUAAAACUUGACAAUUUCACAUCUUUUUCCCAGUGAUUUCAAUAAUGGCUGAUCGUGGCACCCCGUAACACUUGUGAUGUUGGUUUUUCCUUCCCCGGAGUGUAGUGUUCUCAUAUGAAUGGAAAGGUUCCGGUUGAACCAUUACCCCUAUGGUGGGGGGUAAACGUACGUGCACUGUUUUACUGUGAAUAUCCCAUGGUGUGUUUUAGUGUACUAUUCUUGGAAUCUGCAGUACAAACAAGGACAAAAGUCUAAUAUAUUUUAAAAGCAGAUCAGAUGCUGGUGGGUUUUCAAAUGCCUUUUUGAUUUAUGCACUUGUGAAGAUUUGAGGCCUGCCUCAGAGGUCCCCCCUCUGUCUGUGUUACUGACAGAAAGGAAAUGGCACGACUGAAGGGCAUGUGGCUGAGUUUACAGCGUGGCAUGUUCAUUUCUCCACUGAAGGGGAGGGCCAGAUGCCGUAUAUACCAUAGGGGGGCAUGUGUGGCUUAGUGGGUUUCACUGCUGUGCCUGGCAUCAGAAGGGUGCCGGUUUGAAUCCUGUAUUUAGCAAAAUAGUUAAAUCUCCAUUGGGUUCUGAGUUAAGGUGCUUAACCAAGGGGCACUGGAUGGACAGCUGACCUUGCACUCAGACCCCAAGCUUCACCCCUGUGUGUGUGUGUGUGUGUGUGUGUGUCUCUGUGUUUGUUUGUGUGUGUUUAAAAACAAAAAACAGGAUCGUUAAGUGGGGUAUGCAAAAAGCACAUACUGCAAUGUACUUGUACUCAUACAAAAGGCAAAUAAAGCCUCCUUUCAUAAGGUGUUGGUAAGUGUUAAACGUUCCAUGAAGAAAAAGAGCAGGGUUAGGGAAUGACUAAAUACUGUUUAUUCUUUAUUGUUUUCACAAUUUGUGCUGCAAAAACAUCACCUCUAAAAUUCCUCCAAAUAUCAUUCCCGUAAAGUAUUAACCCUUCCCGCAACUCCUGUAGAAUGUCUUCAUUUCAGAUAGGUGUCAGGUCUGAGUAAGGUUAGGUGUGCAGAGGAGAAGCCUGCCCCCAUAAGGUGAUCACUGAUGCUGUUCUGGUUGUAGCAAUGAUUUGCAAUGUGAAGUAAAUCCUUUCUCCAGUAUUAACUGGGCAGAUGCAUUUUCAAAUGUUUUCUGUACAUUGUGAAGAUUUAAUUUCAUGGUGCUGAACAGUGAUUUGAUUGCUGUAGUUCCAAUAAUUUGUAUUCUGAUGAAAAUAUGACAAGUACGCACAACAUGUCUUAAGAAUUGUUUGUGAUUUGUUUAUAUAUAUGGGGACAAUAAUAAUAUAUACAUACAUGAAAAUGCAUCUUCUACAGUACAAAGUUAAAACUGAUUAGAAAUUAUAUAUAAAAACUAAAGUGACAAUCAAAUGUUAUACAGGUAUGUAAAUAGUAAAAGUGUUUUUUUUUACAUUUGUUGCAAGCACUAUUUAAGAAAACAAUGAAAAGCUAUACGACACUUUUCUCUAAAAUAGUCACUAAAAUUGUAGUUGUGGGAAAAUCUGUAUUUGAUAUUGUAUGAAAAGCUAUGAAACUAUUUAUGUUAAAAAAAUUUUUGAAUUGAGUUGAAAAGAGGAUGGUGUCGUACUGGUGAAACCAUGAAUUUAUUCGAGUUUAUGAUUUUUUUUUUUUCAGUCACGUUAAAUUAAUUCUAUAAUGCAACACCCUGAAGGUCAUUGCACAUGUUGUUUGAAAGAAAGUCAAAAUGUUUGAAUACUUCUUCAAAUGUGUAUUUGGGUUUUCAGAAAUAAAGAAUUUGUGCA